GAGACCGUGAAGAUGAACGAGAUUGGGACAGGUUGAUUCAUGGAGUAAUAAUACCGUUGAUGACCGUUACAGAGUUCAAACCACUUGCUUCGUUGCAUUUAUGUCAUCUAUGCAAUCAUCUUCUAGGCUUUCAAUUGCUUCGAGACAUGCUAGAGAUUUUACAAUAUAUCCCCUUUUGAGGUCUAUUCGAACUCUUGCGCUUAAACUAUGCAAUCUCAAGCUUCAAUGGGAAUCUCAAUCCUAUCUAUAUCACUCAGCAAAUCAAUUCAGAAUUGCCGAAUUAUCGAUACCCAAAAUGGAUAGUUCGUAUAUCAAAGCGUGAAACAGACAAAUUGGAUGAUCACGAAGCUAUGCAGAGAGGGUCAAAUUGUCGAAGCACGAAAAUUGUUUGAUAAAAUGCCCGACCCAGAUGUGAUUGCGUGGAUGAGUGUUAUCUCGGCUUACAUACAUCGCGGAAUGAUUGGAGAAGCAAGGAGUUUGUUUGAUAGAGUGGAUGCUAAGAAAAAUGUGGUCACUUGGACUGCUAUGGUUAGUGGGUACAUACGAAUGAAUCAGAUUUCAGAGGCGGAGAAGCUAUUUAAUGAGAUGCCUCACAAGAAUUUGGUUUCUUGGAACACUAUGAUUAAGGGGUAUUUGCAAAGUAAUCUAAUAGAUUCAGCAUUGAGUCUAUUUGAGAAAAUGCCUGAGAGGAAUUUGGUUUCUUGAAAUGCAGUUAUAACAGCGUUGGGUUGAUGUGGGAGAAUUGAGGAGGCUAGGAAGCUUUUUGAUUAUAUGCCCAAAAGAAAUGUGUUUUCUUGGACUGCGAUGAUUGAUGGUUUGUCAAAAAAUGGGAGGAUUGACGAAGCUCGGGUGCUUUUUGACAUAAUGCCAGAAAGAAAUGUAGUUUCAUGGAAUGUUAUGAUUACAGGAUACGCAAAGAAUUUAAGGUUGGAAGAAGCACUUGAAUUGUUUGAGAGGAUGCCGGAGAGGGAUAUUCCUUCGUGGAAUGCAAUGAUCACAGGGUUUAUCCAAAAUGGGAAUUUAAAGAAGGCGGAUAAGUUAUUCAAUGAAAUGCCCGAUAAGAAUGUCAUCUCUUGGACAACCAUGAUUACUGGGUACAUCCAAGAUGGUCAAAGUGAAGAGGCGUUAAGAAUCUUCUCAAGAAUGCAGGCGGCCAAUGGCGUAAAGCCAAAUCAGGGAACUUUCGUAAGUGUUUUGGCUGCUUGUAGUAAUUUAGCCGGUCUUAGCGAAGGACAUCAAAUUCACCAGGUAAUUUGCAAGACAGUACAUCAAAAUGGUGCAUUUGUGAUAUCAGCACUUAUAAAUAUGUACUCUAAGUGUGGAGAAUUAAGUACUGCUAGGAAAAUGUUCGAUGAUGGAUUUGCAGGCCAGAGAGAUUUGAUCUCAUGGAAUGGAAUGAUUGCAGCCUAUGCUCACCAUGGAUGUGGCGGUGAGGCAAUCAGCCUUUUCAAAGAAAUGCAGAACUUAGGAAUCAAACCCAAUGAUGUUACAUACGUUGCAGCGUGCAGCCAUGCUGGUUUGGUGGACGAGGGAUUGAAGUACUUUGACGAGCUCAUAAAAGACAAAUCAAUACAAGUGCGACAAGAUCACUAUUCAUGCUUGGUUGGUCUUUGUGGUCGAGCGGGGAGGGUCAAGGAGGCUUUUGAUUUUAUUCAGCAGCUUCCAUUUGAGCCUUCUGGUUCUGUUUGGGGGGCUUUUCUUGCUGGAUGUUAUGUUCACGGGAACACAAAUAUGGGGAAAUUGGCUGCAAAGAGACUUUUGGAAUUAGAGCCAGAAAAUGCAGGUACUUAUAUGUUGCUGUCUAACAUAUAUGCUUCAAGUGGGAAAUGGAGAGAAGCUGCGAGACUUAGGUUGAAAAUGAAGGACAAGGGGUUGAAGAAGCAGCCGGGUUGUAGCUGGAUUGAUGUCGGAAACAAGGUUCAUGUGUUUGUAGUUGGUGAUAAAUCACAUAGCGAAGCUAAUCUUAUUUAUUCUUUAAUUCAUGAUCUUCAUGUGAAAAUGAAGAAGGUUGGGUAUGUAUCAGACAACGAUUUUACAAUGGAAGAGGGUUUUCUGGUUACAUAAAUUUUUGAUACAUGCAAUGUAUUGGAUUCGGUGAUAAAAGAGCAACUAUUGUGGCAGGUGAAUUGAUUUUUUCAAUAGAAUGAAAUUGUUUGAACUGAUACACUGAUGAGUAAGGAUGAGCAUUGAACUCAGAAGCAAUUGGUCUUGCUUUUUCAGGCAACAUAAGCUGGUAAUGGUGG